AUGAUUCGUUUUCAUUUCAGGGAAUGUGAGCAGCUGGAGGGAUCCAUGCAGCACUCUUCCUCAGCGCUGGCCGGGAUGGUGAGCCGCUGCCAGAGCCAAACGUUCCCGGACUUCACCGGACUCACGCUGUCCGCGUGCGGCUCCAACAAGGCGGAGAUCUGUGCGCGGAGAGCCGCGUUUGGAUCUCACAUCUGCCGGAGCUCCUAUGAAAACGGCCAGAACCACACGAACCGGGCCAGCCCGAAGAGACUCGUCGCUCUGCCGGAGGAGAGAGCGCAUCUGUCGGGUAAAAGUGCGCGCCCGUGCGUCUCCCUGCCGCCUCUUCAAGCUAACGGUGUGUACUGCUCAGAGAAAGAUGCUGAGCUGGGUGACGCUGACAGCACCAUAAUGCGAUGUGGGCAGAGUUUAUCACUGUCAGUGGGGGGCCAUUCAGAAGGACUUUAUCCUCAGAGUCUUCAUAGACCUACGUCUGAGCUCCUUCUGCAGGAAGGACAUCAACAUGAUGCCAGAAGCGCCUCUUCCUUCCAGAGGGCCCAGCUCGAGGCCUCACCCAGCCUGGACUGCAGCAUAAACGGGGCUCGCUCCUGUGCCCCUUACCCAAUCAAGCAAGAGAACACAGUGGGUCACAAGAUCCCUGGCAUCCACGGUACAUCUCAGACUGGAUUUCAUGCCUGUAGGACCGGCCAAGUUUUGGAAGGGUCAAGAGAUGAGAUGGUUGAAGCGCUGCACGUUAGCUGUAACGGCAAUGGCGUAUUUGCAGUGAGCUGUGUGUCAGAGGACGCAGUCCAAUCUUUUAAUAAUGAAGGUGGCUCCUCCCCUCUGGCUUUGUCUCCAGCUGGCUCCCAUCAUUCAGCGCGGCUGCUCGUUGCUAGCAGUGUGAAGAGACGCUGCCUGUCCCUGGCGUCACAGUCCUCCACCGCUGCUGGCACCGGCAGCGUCACUUCUACUGGUUCCCCAUCAGCUACUGGCACAGCUUCUGAGGAGAUCAAUAUCACCACAAUCAUCUGCUCCUCCUCCCAGAUGUCGACAGUCGCCUGCGUCAACGAGUUUUGCGCUAACAUCUCACCCAGCCACACCAGCGGUGCCGGCUACUCAUCCUCUUCCUCCACCUCUUCUAUCUCCCCACCCUCUAACUGCUGCCCCCGGGAAGUCCCUCGGAGGCCCCCACCUCAUAGGAGCCCCCAGCAGGCCACGCUACAGGAGAGUUGUCAGCUUUCCUCACCUGCCACCUGCCUCUUGUCUCUUUCCUCCUCCUCCUCGUCCUCUUCUUCAGCGUCACUAGUGGAGCCAGAGCCAGGUCCGGGGCAGAGCCUGGGGCUGUGUGAGGAGCAGGUCUCCAUGUUCCGGGGCCGUGGGGGUGGAGGAGCUGCCGAGGGUGGAGUGGACGGAGAAAGGAGUUCGGACAGGCUGGGGCUACUGAUGACAGCUGGGUCAUUGCAUUCGGGCCCUGAAGCUGGGUGUUUCCUGGAUGAGGGCCAAAUAUCCAGGGCUGCCCUCAAGCAGGAACCCCUUGAUGACUUCUCCCUAAGUGAAGAUGAACUCUUUCAUCACCACUACCAUCAUCACCACCAUCACUUGGGUGGCCGCAUUGGGCACCAUCAACAUGCUCCCCACCCUCCCCGAGCUGCAAUGCCUCCUCCUUAUCACUUGCACCAAUACCAGGGCUCCAAUCAAGUGGAGCUGCUGCAGCGCCAGAACCAGCACAUGGCACACACACCCUCAUUGGGACUCAAACCAACGUCUGGAGACCUUCCUGCACUACACACAGCUCCAGAACGAGACCAGGUAGGAGGAGGAGGAGCACUGGCAGAUAAGCAGGUGUGUCGCUGGAUUGACUGCAACGCUGCCUAUGAGCAGCAGGAGGAGCUUGUGAGGCACAUUGAGAAGGUUCACAUCGACCAACGCAAAGGCGAGGACUUUACAUGUUUCUGGGCUGGCUGCAUCCGCCGCUACAAGCCUUUCAACGCCCGCUACAAGCUGCUCAUUCACAUGAGAGUUCAUUCUGGAGAGAAACCUAAUAAGUGCAUGUUCGAGGGCUGCAACAAAGCCUUUUCUCGCCUGGAGAACCUGAAGAUCCACCUGAGGAGUCACACGGGAGAGAAGCCAUACCUGUGUCAGCACCCGGGCUGCCAGAAAGCUUUCAGCAACUCCAGCGACCGAGCCAAGCAUCAGCGCACUCACCUGGACACGAAGCCAUACGCAUGCCAGAUCUCUGGCUGCACCAAGAGAUACACAGAUCCCAGCUCUUUACGCAAACACGUCAAGAUCCAUUCGGCCAAAGAACAACAGGUGCAGAGAAAGCUGCGGCCUUGCCCUCAUCUGGAGCAGGACAUCUUGAGUGACUGUCUGUCCAUGCAGCAGCUCCAGAACUCCACCUCCUCGCAGCAACUUUACAACGGCAAAGACGGUCAUUCUCCUGCACUCGGUCCAGACAUCUUCACAGGCCUGUACGCUGGCUCCAGCACCCCCCACCAUGGCGCUUCAGUAGAGCUCCUGUCUCCUACCCCCAACCCAGCCUCCGUCUCCGACCUGCCAACCCGGCAGCUUCGAGUUGAUCGAGACCUGGGCAGCCCUCAUCACCUGCCUGUCAUGGAUGGCGUAAGGGACAGAUCGUCGGGCCCCCUCGUGUCUCCUGGCAUGAAGGCGACGACGACUACUCCUCCUGCUCCCCUGCUGGAAAAACAGCACGUCCAUCCACAUCACAAGCCCUACCCUCACUAUCAUCAGUCAGCCAACGAUGAAUAUCAAGCCAGUUUUCAGAGCUGCUUCCAUUUUGGAGACUCUUACAGGAUGGAGCAGACGCUCGGUGGUGUCCACAUCCCAGAUUCUCAUGCCUACACCUCUCAUCAGCACAACGGCUUCCACAUGCCGACCAGCGGCACCGGUUCAGCAGGGUUUGGUUUGACCCAGGAGCUGCAGGGAGGCACCGGGUGCCAGUUCCCUUUGAGCCCAGAGGACAGCGUCUUCUUCCAGGUGGGCAGCUUCGACCGCAGCUUGAGCCACGUGUCCUCGGUCUACACAGAGACAUGAAGCGGCGCCGGAGGAGGACACUUCACAGAA